UGUGACGAUAAAGAAUAUUACCGAUCGACUCUUUGAUCUACACUGUGCCACUGUAGGAACGAAAAGUCCCUAAAGCCGGCCAGGAAGCCUUACCCCUCUGUGCCGUGAUGGCUGCAGGGGAAGACAAGAUGAUGCCUGGUCCCCCACCACCUGUUCCAGGUUACCCACAGCAGAACCAGGCCCAAGAUAACAUGCAAAUGAUUCAGAAGGCAAUGAAUCAAAUGGAAGAAAAGGGGUUGCAAGAAGAUCCAAGAUAUGCACAACUAAUGGCAAUGGCUGACAGGGCCAGAUCUGGCAUGCACCCUCCAGGAAUGCCUGGUGGUAUGUCCCAAGGAAUGCCAGGUGGACCACAGCACCAUGGCAUGCAGGGCCCUCGAUCACAAAACCAAGGUCAGAGGAUGGCUACGUCCCCGUCUCCUGGUAUGGGAGGUCAUCAAGGAAUGCCUGGCUCCUCUCACAACAUGCCUCCAGGACCACAGGGGAUGUCUGGUGGGCCAGGUAUGAUGCCUGGUGGACCACAGGGAAUGCAUUCAGGUCAGCAAAGUAUGCCUGGACCUGGGGGCCAGAACAUGGGUGGAGGUCAGCCUCACAGGAUGGGAAACAUGGGACCAAAUCAGGGUAUGCCCAAUGGGUCUAUGGGAAUGUCAGGCUCUAGUAUGCCAAACCCUGCAUUGGGAGGACCCAACAUGACAGCACCUCCUAGUGGUCCACCCAACAUGAAUUUACCUCAAAACAUGCCAAAUAGCUCCAGCAGUGCAGGACCAAAUGUCAGUCAGCCGUCGGGUCCACACAUGUCUGGUGGACCAAAUAUGGGUGGAUACAACAUGGCAAACCAGAGUGGUCAAGGAAUGCCCAGUAACAGUGGAGGGUCCCCCGGUAUGGGUGGACCAGGUAUGAAUGGACCAAUGACUGGAAAUAGUUCUGGGAUGGGAAAUCAUGGUAUGUCUGGUGGUAGUUCUGGAGGUCCAAUGGGUCAUUCUAUGCCAAUGGAUGACAUGAGAUCCAUGAGUCAUGGAAACGGACAUUCAUCAUUGGGGCCACCUAAUUCAAGGAUGGAUCAAGAUCAAAAUCAGCAAGGCCAGCAGAACAUGCCACCAAACCAGAGUGGUGGUCCAUCACGAUACAACUUCUCAACCCCCCAGCUUACGCAACUGCGGGGACAGAUCAUGGCCUACAAACUUCUAGCACGAAACCAAAGCAUUCCAGAAAAUGUACGCAUGGCAAUUGAAGGAAAACGCCAAUUUGGGAGUGGAUCAAGACCAAUGAUGGACUCUAACCAACAACAGCGAAUUCCUCAACAACCGCCGCAACCUCAUAUGCCUCCGCAAAACAUGCAUUACCCAGGUGGGCAAAAUAUGCCCCAGGGACAACCUGGUCAGCCUACCCAGCAGGGCUCACAGCCCCGUCCCCAAUCCCAACAGACACCUCCCUCUUCUGUCCAAUCUGUGCUUUCUAUGCAACAAAAGCAGAGUCGGAUUGCACCUGUUGCUAAACCCCAGGGGCUGGACCCUUUAGAGAUCCUCAAUGAAAGAGAAAACAGAAUUUCAUCCAGAAUAUCAUCAAGAAUAAAAGAACUUGAAUACCUGCCAGGAAUAAUGGAGGAAGAUAUGAAAGUUAAAGCCAUGAUUGAGUUCAGAGCUCUGAGAUUACUCAAUUUUCAAAGACAGUUGAGGUCAGAGGUUGUAGCAUAUAUGAGGAAAGAUACAACUCUGGAGACUGCAUUAAAUACCAAAGCCUAUAAGAGAAGCAAGAGACAGUCACUGAGGGAGGCACGUGUCACAGAAAAACUUGAAAAACAACAGAAACUGGAACAUGAAAAGCGACGCAGACAGAAACAUCAGGAAUAUCUAAAUGCUGUGCUGCAACAUGCAAAGGAUUUCAAAGAAUUCCAUCGCAAUGUAUCUGCAAAGAUCAGCAAACUGAACAAAGCUGUGAUGGUACAUCAUGCUAACACAGAAAGAGAACAGAAGAAGGAACAAGAAAGACUAGAGAAAGAACGUAUGAGAAGACUCAUGGCGGAAGAUGAAGAAGGUUACAGAAAACUCAUUGAUCAAAAGAAAGACAAGCGUCUGGCAUACCUCCUUCACCAGACUGAUGAAUACAUCACAAACCUCAUGUCUCUGGUAUCAGCACAUAAAGAGGAAAUAAGGAAGAAGAAACAGGCCAGAAAAAACAAAAAGAAGAAGGAACCUGGUGAUCAUCCUGAUAAUCCUGAUGAGAGUUCGAACAUGAGUGAACCAAGAAUAUCUGUGAUAGAAACAAACACCGGUAAAGUUCUGAGUGGUGAAGAUGCUCCAAUGUCCAGUCAACUUGAAGCCUGGUUAGAAAUGCAUCCAGGGUAUGAAGUAGCCCCUAGAGAAGAUGGUGAAGAAGAUGAUGAAGAGGAAGAGGAGGAAGAGCAGGAAGAGAUAUUGCCACUUCCCCCUCCAGCCAUCAACAGACCUCAGAUACAGUCAGUUGAUGACUUAGCUGAACAUGAAGCAACAGAAAUUAUCAAAACUGCAGAAUCACGUCUGGAUGAUGAUGAAUAUCAUAACCAAGUGGAAAUGAGGAAUUACUACAAUGUAGCUCACACUGUUCAUGAGUCUGUGACUGAACAGGCUAGCAUCAUGAUCAAUGGAAAACUGAAACACUACCAGAUCAAAGGAUUGGAGUGGAUGGUGUCUUUGUAUAACAACAAUUUGAAUGGUAUUCUGGCAGAUGAAAUGGGUCUGGGAAAGACAAUCCAAACCAUUGGCUUGAUUACCUACCUUAUGGAGACCAAGAGGAUUAAUGGACCAUUCCUCAUCAUUGUUCCACUCUCUACACUCUCAAAUUGGCUUUUGGAGAUAGAAAAGUGGGCACCUUCAGUCAUUACUAUAUCAUACAAGGGUUCUCCUGUCACCAGACGUGCCCUAGCUCCACAACUCAAGAUGGGCAAGUUCAAUGUGUUGCUUACGACAUAUGAAUACAUCAUUAAGGACAAGUCUGUCUUAGCAAAGUUGCGUUGGAAGUAUAUGAUCAUUGAUGAAGGACAUCGCAUGAAGAACCACCAUUGUAAACUGACUCAGGUUCUUAACACACACUACUGUGCUCCCCACCGCUUGUUGUUGACAGGCACACCUCUUCAGAACAAACUGCCAGAAUUAUGGGCUCUUCUUAACUUCCUGUUGCCAAGUAUCUUCAAAUGCUGUACUACAUUUGAACAGUGGUUCAAUGCACCUUUUGCCAUGACUGGAGAAAAGGUUGAGUUAAAUCAAGAAGAGACCCUCCUUAUUAUUCGACGUUUACACAAAGUGUUACGUCCAUUCUUGUUACGACGUCUGAAGAAGGAGGUGGAAUCUCAGCUGCCUGACAAGGUUGAGUAUGUGAUCAAAUGUGAGAUGUCAGCACUUCAGCGUGUCGUUUACAGACACAUGCAGUCUAGAGGCAUUUUGUUGACAGAUGGCUCUGAAAAGGACAAAAAGGGCAGAGGAGGUGCCAAGACAAUGAUGAAUACCAUCAUGCAGUUACGAAAGAUCUGCAAUCAUCCAUUCAUGUUCCAACAUUUAGAAGAGGCAUUUGCAGAGCACCAAGGCUUGUCAACUAAUGUUGUGCAAGGGCCAGAGUUGUACCGAGCUGCUGGGAAGUUUGAGCUGCUGGACAGAAUGUUCCCUAAACUCAAGGCAACAGGCCAUAGAGUGCUACUCUUCUGUCAGAUGACUUCACUUAUGAGUAUCAUGGAGGACUACUUUGUCUACAAAGGAUACAGAUACCUGCGUUUAGAUGGCACAACAAAGGCAGAUGACAGAGGCCAGCUUCUCAGUGUGUUCAAUUGUGAUGACUCUCCAUACUUUGUGUUCUUACUGAGUACCAGGGCUGGAGGGCUGGGUCUGAACCUCCAGGCUGCUGAUACUGUUAUCAUAUACGACUCUGACUGGAAUCCUCAUCAGGAUUUGCAAGCUCAGGACAGAGCUCACAGAAUUGGUCAACAGAAUGAGGUACGCGUCUUGCGACUGAUGACUGUGAACAGUGUAGAAGAGAGGAUCCUGGCUGCUGCUCGAUACAAGUUAAAUGUGGAUGAAAAGGUUAUUCAGGCUGGGAUGUUCGACAACAAGUCAACAGGAAUGGAGCGACGUCAAUUCCUAACCACUUUGUUGUUACAGGAAAAUGAUGAAGCUGAGGAGGAAGAUGAGGUACCAGAUGAUGAAACUAUCAAUCAGAUGUUGGCCAGAACUGAGGAAGAGUUUGACCUCUAUCAGAAAAUGGAUAUAGAGAGAAGAAGAGAGGAGGCCAGAAAUCCAAACAGAAAACCCAGACUCAUGGAACAGGAUGAGCUGCCAAGCUGGAUAGUCAAGGAUGAAGCUGAGGUUGAGAGACUGACGUUUGAAGAUGAGGAAGAUAAAAUGUUUGGGCGUGGAUCAAGACAAAGGAAGGAAGUGGACUACUCAGACUCUCUUACAGAAAAACAAUGGCUCAAGGCUAUAGAAGAUGGUAAUUUAGAGGAGGUGGAGGAGCAGGUGAAGAGAGUGCCACCCACAGAGAAGAAAAAAACAAAGAAACGCAAGAUGGUAGUUGUGGAAGAUGAUGAUGAUAAGAAACCAAAGAAAAAGAGAGGAAGACCACCAGUGGAAAAGCUACCACCAAACCCACCCAAACUCACAAAGAUGAUGAAAAAACUUCUUGAUGUUAUCAUUCAUUACAAAGACAAUGACGGAAGAGUUUUGAGUGAUGCUUUCUUUCAACUGCCAUCCAAAAAAGAACUACCAGAGUACUACGAGAUAAUAAUCAAACCAGUUGACUUUAAAAAGAUAAAAGCACGCAUUAGGGACCACAAGUACAGGAGUAUUGAUGACCUUGAAUCAGAUGUACUGACUCUUUGUGAGAAUGCACAGUCUUACAACAUUGAAGGAUCGCUGAUCUAUGAGGAUUCCAUUGUGCUACAGUCUGUGUUUACCAAUGCCAGAGAAAGACUAGAGAAAGAUGGCUUUAAUGUGUCAUCUGAUGAGAGUGCUAGCAGUGAUGCAGAUGAUGAUGAUGAUAAUGGUGAUGAGGAAGAUGAAGAAGUAGUUAAAGUUCAGAAAGUGAAGUUAAAAGAAUCUUCGAAGAAGGAGAGGUCAGGUAGUGCUAGAAAACAACGCAAAUCUCGAGGAAAAUCAAGGGUGGUGAUAAGUGAUGAUGAGGAAGAUGGAGAUGAGGAGGACCAAUCAGAAGAAGAGACCGCUCCAAGUUCACGCAGUUCAUCUAGAGUCUCCUCCCCUGCUCCAGGGCGCAGACAACGCUAAGGUGUUGAAGCUUCAGAAGUCACAGUCAUGUUGCAAAAUGACAAAACAAGUCACACUUUGAACAUGUGAAGUCAAAUUAUAUUUUGGGACUUGUGACUUUAAACUACACAAAUGUUUGCAUGUUGGAUUCAUUUGUAUAUCAAUGAAUUCAUUUCGUAAAUGAAAUAUAAAAAGGUGUUAAUAUGAAAGAUACAUUGCUUGCUAUCACGGAAAGAAGUCAGUAGUUAGGAAUCUCACUUUAUUUUUCCUUCAUUUAAUUAUUAGAUGGUUAUGUUGAUUAUUAGGGCGUACAUUUGUAAAAUAUACAUUAAUUUAAUGCUUGUAAAAUAUGUCCUUAUAUUGUAUGUUAGUUUGCAUGUGAUAGAAAACAGUUUUUCUUAAAAAAAGUCAUUAUGUAAGUCCUUCAAAAAUAAACAUUGGUGCAUAUUUGCAUCCAAAAAAUAAAAAAAGUUACAUAAUGAUAAGUUACAAUGACCAUUUUGUAUUUUGAAAUAGAUCAACAAAAAAUAUGGAAGCUGGCUCGAUAUUUUUUUUGUGUUGUAAGAUCGUUCCUUCAAAUAAAUGUUGUAUAUCUUUGUGUUCUCAUUAUAGAUUCAUGAAUUAUUCAAAAAACACAUUUUAAUAAACAUUGAACUUCAUUUCAUUAUCGUGGCCAUACAUUACGUUCAUCACAAAGUUGUAAGUUGUGAAUACAUACUGUUUAUCGUGGUUAGAUUUUUCUUCUGAUUCUUGUGGAUCAAGUUGUAAAGCAUGUUGUUAAUGGAAGUCAUUGUUGUCAUUGCAUUUAUGUUUUCAUAAAGAACAUGGUAGAAAGAUGAAAUGGAAAGGUGCAAUCACAACUAAAUACACUUAACAUUGAUGUGUAUAUCCCUGUGUAAUAAAAUUUCACAGUUAAA